AGGGAGCGGGGGCUCCGCGCGCAGGCGCCAGGCUUCCCGAAGCGCCGGCGCAGCGGCGGGCGCGGGCUCUAAUGCGCAGGCGCGGGCCGCGCGCUCGUCCAGUGGCCGGCGGAGCGCGAGGAGGCCGCAGCGCGGGGGCACCGCGGGAGGAUAGUACUGCAGGACACCUUUAACCUCAGCCAUGGAGAACUCGGAUAAUACAGAAGAGGAGAAGACGACAACAACGACUGUAAGCAAUGACAGCACAGGCAAUGGCACCGAAACAGCAACAGAAGAACAGCAUAUGGACUUCAGUACAGAAAUUAUGAGUGUAACUGAGAUGGAACAAUCACCUGAUAGUUCCCCUGAUUUGAAUGAAGAGAACGCACAAGAAGAGGGUGAAAUUCCAAAUAUCGAAAGCUUACAGACGACAGAUAUUGAGGCUGGCUUUCCUCCAGAUUUUGACAAGUUCUGGAAAGUAGUAGAGGACAAUCACCAGGAUUUCACAGGAUGGGUAUAUCUACUGCAGUACGUAGAGCAAGAGAACCACAUACCGGCUGCCAGGAAAGCGUUUGACAAGUUUUUCACACAUUAUCCAUAUUGCUAUGGAUAUUGGAAAAAGUAUGCAGACCUCGAAAAGCGACACGACAACAUUAAACAGUCCGAUGAGGUUUAUCGCAGAGGGCUUCAGGCAAUUCCUCUUAGUGUUGACCUUUGGAUACAUUAUAUAAACUUCUUAAAAGACACCUUGGACCCCGAUGAUCCUGAAACUAACAAUACGAUUCGAGGAGCCUACGAACACGCGGUUUUAGCCGCUGGGACAGAUUUCCGUUCUGACAGACUAUGGGAGAUGUAUAUAAACUGGGAAAAUGAGCAGGGAAACCUGAGGGAAGUUACAUCCAUAUAUGAUCGUAUCCUUGGAAUUCCAACACAGCUCUACAGUCAUCACUUCCAAAGGUUUAAAGACCAUGUGCAAAACAAUUUGCCACGAGAACUUCUAACUACGGAGCAGUUUAUUCAGCUGCGCAGAGAACUGGCAUCUGCGAAUGGCCACAGUGGGGAGGAUGUGUCACCUGGAGAUGAUCUGCCCUCUGGUACUGAAGAUAUAACUGACCCUGCCAAGCUAAUCACUGAAAUAGAAAACAUGAGGCACAGAAUCAUUGAGAUUCAUCAAGAAAUGUUCAAUCACAAUGAACAUGAAGUCAGUAAGAGGUGGACAUUUGAGGAAGGGAUAAAGAGGCCUUACUUUCACGUAAAACCUCUGGAGAAAGCUCAGCUGAAAAACUGGAAAGAGUACUUAGAAUUUGAGAUAGAAAAUGGAACUCAUGAGCGAGUUGUGGUCCUCUUUGAAAGAUGUGUUAUUUCAUGUGCCCUCUAUGAGGACUUCUGGAUUAAGUAUGCCAAAUACAUGGAGAAUCAUAGUAUUGAAGGAGUGAGGCAUGUCUACAGCAGGGCUUGCACAAUACAUCUUCCCAAGAAACCGAUGGUUCACAUGCUGUGGGCUGCCUUUGAGGAACAGCAGGGCAACAUCGACGAAGCAAGAAGAAUCUUGAAAACAUUUGAAGAAUGUAUUCUAGGUCUAGCUAUGGUUCGCUUGCGAAGAGUAAGCUUAGAGCGCAGACAUGGAAACAUGGAAGAAGCUGAACACCUGCUUGAAGAAGCCAUUAGGAAUGCCAAGUCAGUUAGUGAAUCGUCAUUUUAUUCCAUCAAAUUAGCUCGGCACCUCUUCAAAGUACAGAAGAAUCUUCCAAAGGCAAGAAAAGUGCUGUCAGAAGCCAUAGAAAUUGACAAAGAAAAUACAAAACUGUAUCUCAACUUACUUGAAAUGGAGUACAGCGGUGAUCUCAAGCAAAAUGAAGAAAACAUCUUGAGCUGUUUUGAUAAAGCUGUUAAUGGUGAAUUGUCUAUAAAAAUGAGGAUUACAUUUUCUCAGAGAAAAGUGGAAUUUCUUGAAGACUUUGGUUCUGAUGUAAACAAGCUUUUGGAUGCUUAUGAUGAACAUCAAGCACUUCUAAAGGAGCAGGAUUCUUUGAAAAGAAGAGCAGAGAACGGGUCAGAAGAGCCAGAUGAAAAAAAGAUGCUCACAGAUGACCCAACUAUGGCAUCAGCACAGAUGAUGGAUGGGGACAUGCAGGUCAAUCAGGCAGCAUAUAACUAUAACGCCUGGUAUCAGUACAAUUACCAGAACGCGUGGAAUUACGGACAGUAUUAUUCUCCUUCAACUUGAUCAGAAGAAUGAAUGAAGCUCACUGUGCAGUUUCAACGAAGAAAGAGUAAAAUAUAUUUUUCUAAAUUAGGGAUGUUAAAGAACUGUUGUAAUACUUGCUUUUUGUUCUUUUGCAUGUAAAAUGAGCUGAUGUUCACAGGGUAUGUGUGAAGCAAGAUUUGUGUGCUGAUAACUGAUAAAUGGUAUCUCUGUACAAUUCUAGUUUACUAUAAAUGCAUUUUUUUUUUUUUUAAUUCCCUGCACUAACUUAUGGAGCUAUCUGGAGAAUGUUUUUCAGUCUCAUACUGAUUCCUGGGGUGGGUUGACCUGCGCUAACUGCUAGGUGCCCACCCAGCUGUGCUUUCAUUCUCCUUCCUCAGUGGGCCAGGGGGAGAAGAUAUGAUUUAAUAAGGUGUGGGUUGAGGUAAGGACAGGGAGCUUGCUCGGCAAAAAUUAAUUAACGAAUUGCUAAUUCAUAACAGAGUAGGGCAAUGAGAACUCAAAGCAAACUAAAAACACUGUCCUGAUCCCCCUUCUUCCCAGGUUCAGCUUCAAUCUCCAUUCUUCUGCCUUCUCCUCCUGUGCUAAGUGGCACAGGGGGAUGGUGAAUAGGGCUUGCAGGCAUAAUGCUGCUUCUCUGCUGUGCUGCUUCUCUGCUGUUCCUUCCUCCUUGCAACCUUCCCCUGCUCAAGUGGGGGUCCUUCCCAUGGGGCAUGGUCCUUCACCAAGUGCUGCACCGUGAUCCCUCGGGGUUGCAGCUCACCAAGAGCUUCUCCAGCACGCGCCUGUACCGUGGGGUGCAGUCCUUCAGGAACAGGCUGCUCCAGCAUGGGUCCCCCAGGGGCUGCGGUUCUGAGGCACAUCCAGCUGCUCUGCCAUGGGGUCCUCUGCAGGCUGCAGCAGCGUCUGCUUUGUCAGGGCACCCCCUGGGCUGCUGGGGCACCUGGAGCACCUCCUGCCCUCUCUGUCAGUAACCAUGGGGCCUGCAGAGAUGUUGCACGCAUUUUUCUCUUGUUCCUCCUGCAGCUGCUGUGCGGUGUGUUUUAGCCUUCCUUAAAUGUGUUGUCACAGCAGUGCAGCUGGCACUCCUUGACUCAAUUUUGGCUGGAACUGGCUUUCAUCUGACUUGGAGCAACCCCUGCAGCUGCCUGCUAGCAAAAUCCUGCCACCUAAGCCCAAUACAAUGCUACAGAUUAAAUCAAUAAAUCCAAACUUUUCUAAAAGCAGUUGUGAUUUCUGUUAGCCCCAGCGGCUGCUAUAGGAAACAAGCUGGUCUCGGCUGGCUGCCAGUUCAGGGCCAAGGCUCUCCUUUGACCUGUUCUGCUCCCCUUUCCAGGCAAAUCAUAACCUGCUUUCACCGUGAGAUCUUUUUCUAUGCCCCAGUGAGCAAAUCUGAGACUACUUUGUUUGUAGUGUUAUAACAAACUCUUCAGCUUAAUAUGGCAGCCUUUGAAAGCUGUGAUAUGUAUUUUCUAUUCUGUGUGGGGGGUCAAAAAUUAAAAUGCAGUGCAAAAUGAUGUUGCGUUCUUUUUUAAGAAGCACAAACUGUGUUUGGGAUGAUUUUUGUAUCUAGAGUUUUUCAUGUACACAAUGUGAGCAAACUUUUUUCAUUUGAUCAAAGUGAUCAUUCUCAUUUUCGUAAUAAAAGCAAGGAAUUCAGUA